AUGAAAAAUUGAAUAAAAUUAUAGUUAUUAAAAUUACAAAAAUAAUUAUUCUAGGUAUUUCAUUCAGUUUUCGAUAGUAAAAAUAAUUGAUUGUGAUCAUUUUCUUGUAGAUUUUUAUGGUAUCUUUUGCCAUUGUUUGUGUGGUAUUUAACCUGGAAGAUGAUCUUGAUGCCCCCGCUAAAGUCAGGGAUCCAACCACUGGUGAUAUAUACGAACAUCGAAUGACAAACCUUGAGUUCAUUCUGUACUGGGUUCGUUCAGUAUAUACAAACAGUAGUGAUUCAAAAUUGGAAGAUGGACAACCUUCACCACCAGUACUAGUGAUUGGUACUCACCUAGGCAGCCUCGAGGGGAAUGAAGAGGAACAGAAAAGAAAGGCUGAAAAAAUAUUCGAUAAAAUUAGGAAAGCAUUGGAAGGGAAACCUUAUGAAAGCAUGGUGUCAAGUUUCUUUGCUAUUGAGAACAGCUUACCAUUUGCCAGGAGCAAUGCUUCUAACAUCAUGGAACAAAUAUUAAAGUUUGCAAAGAAGAUGGUUAGAAAACUACCAUUGAAAUGGUUGCUUGUUCAACAGGAAAUCCAAAAGUUGAAAGAGAAGCAUAUCUACCUACCAACCAAAGAGGUGAUCACUUUAGUUGAGCGGUGUUGGGUCAAACAAGAUGCUCAAAGGGUGCUGCUAGAGUAUCUACAUGACCUUGGCGAGAUUCUCUACUUUCCUGAUGACGAAGCCUUAAAGAACAUUAUUGUUUUAGAUCUGAUACAAUUAGUCGACAUGUUUAAAAUAAUAAUCACCAUUAUUGACCCUAAGCUAAUGGAACAAAAACACAUAGAGGCCUGGAGGAAAUUGGACGCAGGGGUCCUUGAGGAGCAUCUGUUAAGACAUCUCUGGGAGAAGUUCAAGUUUUCAGAUGAGACAUUUGACUUCUUUGUAUCUCUCAUGCAGAAGUUUGGACUGGUGUGUGAGAAAAAUAUUACAAAGAGUGGUUUUCGUGGCCGUAUUUUCUACGUUCUUUCACGUUUAAAACCUGAACGUAUUGAUAGACCCGUUAAGGAUGAUGGGAUGCAUGCAGUUUCAAUCUUUCAUGACUUUGGACAGUAUCUACCUGACGAUCUUUUCCAGAGAGGAGUAACUAAGUUCAUUGAGGAAUUCCAAGUACAAGAUGUUGAGCCUAAACUGUCUUAUGAGCAUGUGGAGUUGAAUAUCGAUCAAUUUCACAAAGUGGUUAUGAGUGUAGCAACAAUGAGGAAUCGUCGUAUGUUUAAGACAACGAUCGCAGUCUUGGAACCCAGUCAGGAAGAUGAGCCCUCACCGACAGUGUGUAAAAAGGUACUGAGUUUCCUCGAAAAGGAACUAAAGCUAUUUUGUCUGAGUGGUGUACGAGGCAUUGAAUUGACGAGGUACAUUGCUUGCGAAUGCAGUUCAGACUCGAGUAACGCCCACAUGCAAAUCGUGCGCACGUUUCACCAGGAUGUGCUGCCAUGUGGAAGCAAUAUAUUGCCGCGUUAUCGUCGACUAUUUGGAGAUGACAUGCGACGAGUGCAAGAUCGUCCACAGUCUCAGCAAGUAGUACAUAUACCAACAGGCUUUGUGGAUGACGCCACCAUAGUGACAGUUUCUGAAAAUUUGGGUCUCAGCUGGAGAAGGUUUGGUGUCCGUUUGGGACUUAAGUGGUCGAAAGUGAACGAGUUCAAUGCUGAUGAUACACAGACUCAUAAGGUUGCCGAAAAUAUGAUGAAUUACUGGAGGAGCAGCCUCAGUAGCGAUAUUCAUCAACGUAAAGUGUUGUGCACUGCUCUGAAACAACAUAAGCUCAGUCAACUAGCUGAAGAUUUGUUAGAGUGUAAAAUUCUCGAAGAAAAUCUUGUCAAUCAACAAGCAGGAAAAUGUUGUAAUGAUCAAGAUUUGCUGUUCAUCUGUGACAAUCUGGAUCCCGAAUCAUGGAGGAGACUGGGAGUGCGUCUUGGACUCAAGUGGACCAAUAUUCAAAAGAUAGCAAAAAACAACAGACUGGUCGAAGAUUGCAUCAUGGAAGUGCUGGUUACUUGGAGGGAUGACCAAUCAAAGAGCCAACAAGUACCAAUCAUGGUGAACGCUUUGAGACAACAGAAUUUUGUUGGACUUGCACAACGUGUAUGUGAAAGGCAUGGUUACAGUGACGAGUCAGCAGCAACUCAAAUAAAUCAGCCUCAAAUUCCAACACCAGUUCAAAGUUGCUUAGAUGAUAUUGACAUUGUGUUUAUCUCUUACAAACUUGAUGGCGAACAUUUGACAAAUUUCGGCAUCAACCUUGGUAUGGAGAAACAUGAAAUAAAUCGAAUUGAAUCAGGCCUCUCACCACCAAUUGUAGACGCCUAUAUUGAAAUGUUGAUACAGUGGCGAGAAAGACAGAAAGCUGAAGUUAAUCAUCUCAAAAUAAUUAGUGAAGCACUGAACAAAGUUGGACGAAUAGAUAUCAAGGAAGAACUUGAGUCAUACUACCAGAGAAAAUAUGGAAAAAUUGAUCACCAAUCAACAAACCAAGUACCAAUCAUGAUGAAUGCUUUGAGGCAAGAGAAGAUUGUUGGACUUGCACAAGGUGUGUGUGAAAGGCAAGGCUACAGUGAUGAGUCAGAAGUUGCACCAACUGAGAUAAAUCUGAAUCAAAAAACAAAACCAACGCAAGACUUUGUGGAUGACGCCACCAUAGUGAAAGUUUCUGACGAGUUGAGUGUCGGCUGGAGAAGGUUUGGUGUCCGUUUGGGACUUAAGUGGUCGAAAGUGAACGAGUUCAAUGCUGAUGAUAUGCAGACUCAUAAGGUUGCCAAAAAUAUGAUGAAUUACUGGAGGAGCAGCCUCAGUAGUGAUGUUCAUCAACGUAAAGUGUUGUGCACUGCUCUAAAACAACAUAAGCUACGUCAACUAGCAGAAGAUUUGUUUGAGGGUGAAAUUAGCGAUGAAAAUCUUGUCACUCAACAAGCAGGAAAAUGUUGUAAUGAUCAAGAUUUGCUGUUCAUCUGUGACAAUCUGUAUGAAUCAUGGAGGAGACUGGGAGUGCGUCUUGGACUCAAGUGGAGCAAUAUUAAUAAGAUAGCAAACAACCAUAGAUUGGAUGAUGACUGCAUCAUGGAAUUGCUAGUUACUUGGAGGGAUAACCAAUCAAGGAGCCAACAAGUACCAACCAUGGUGAACGCUUUGAGACAACAUAAUUUUGUUGGACUUGCAGAACGUGUACGUAAAAGGCAUGGCUACAGUGACGAGUCAGAAUUUGCAGCAACUGAAUUAAAUCGGCCUCAAAUUCUAACACCAGUUCAAGGAAAAUAUUUUGAUGAUCAAGAUUUGCUGUUCAUCUGCGACAAUCUGGAGUUUACAUAUUGGAGGAGACUAGGAGUGCGUCUUGGAUUCAAGUGGAGCGAUAUUAAUAAGAUAGCAAAAAACAACAGAUUGGAUGAUGACUGCAUCAUGGAAUUGCUAGUUACUUGGAGGGAUAACCAAUCAAGCAGCCAACAAGUACCAACCAUGGUGAACGCUUUGAGACAACAUAAUUUUGUUGGACUUGCAGAACGUGUACGUAAAAGGCAUGGUUACAGUGACGAGUCAGAAUUUGCAGCAACUGAAAUAAAUCGGCCUCAAAUUCUAACACCAGUUCAAGGAAAAUAUUUUGAUGAUCAAGAUUUGCUGUUCAUCUGCGACAAUCUGGAGUUCAAAUAUUGGAGGAGACAAGGAGUGCGUCUUGGACUCAAGUGGAGAGAUAUUAUUAAAAUAUCAAACAACAAACAGGUGGACGACCUCAUCAUGGAAUUGCUGGUUACUUGGAGGGAUGCCCAAUCAACAAACCAAGUACCAAUCAUGAUGAAUGCGUUGAGGCAACAGAAACUUCAUGGACUUGAAAAAAGUGUGUGUGAAAGGCAUGGCUACAAAAAUGCAUUGGAAGUUUCCCCAACUCAGACAAAUCUGCCUCAAAUUCCAACACCAGUGCAAGGUUGCUUAGAUGAUAUUGACAUUGUGUUUAUUUCUGAAAAACUUGAUGGAAAAUACUUGUCAAAAUUCGGCAUCUACCUUGGUAUGAAGGAGUAUGAAAUAUAUCGAAUUGAAUCAGGCCUCUCACCACCAAUUGUAGACGCCUAUAUUGAAAUGUUGGUACAGUGGCGAGAAAGACAGAAAGCUGAAGUUAAUCAUCUCGAAAUAAUUAGUGAAGCACUGAACAAAGUUGGACGAAUAAAUAUCAAGGAAGAACUUGAGUCAUACUACCAGAGAAAAUAUGGAAAAAUUGAUCACCAAUCAACAAACCAAGUACCAAUCACGAUGAAUGCUUUGAGGCAAGAGAAGCCUGUUGUACUUGCACAAGGUGCGUGUGAAAGGCAAGGCUACAGUGAUGAGUCAGAAAUUGCACCAACUCAGAUAAAUCUGAAUCAAAAAACAAAUCCAAUGCAAGACUUAGUGGAUGAAGACACCAUAGUGAAAGUUUCUGGCGUGUUGAGUGUCGGCUGGAGAAGGUUUGGUGUCCGUUUGGGACUUAAGUGGUCAAGAGUGAACGAGUUCAAUGCUGAUGAUAUGCAGACUCAUAAGGCUGCCGAAAAUAUGAUGAAUUACUGGAAGAGCAGCCUCAGUAGUGAUGUUCAUCAACGUAAAGUGUUGUGCACUGCUCUGAAACAACAUAAGCUACGUCAACUAGCUGAAGAUUUGUCAGAGUGUGAAAUUAGCGAAGAGAAUCUUGUCACUCAACAAGCAGGAAAAUGUUGUAAUGAUCAAGAUUUGCUGUUCAUCUGUGACAAUCUGGAUUCCGAUUCAUGGAGGAGACUGGGAGUGCGUCUUGGACUUAAGUGGACCGACAUAAAAAAGAUAGCAAAAAACAACAGACAGGUCGAAGACUGCAUCAUGGAAUUGCUGGUUACUUGGAGGAAUAACCAACCUAGGAGCCAAGUACCAAUCAUGAUGAACGCUUUGAGACAACAGAAGCUUGGUGGACUUGCAGAAAGUGUACGUGAAAAACAUUGUUACAGUGACAAGUCAGCAUCAACUCAGAUAAAUCUGCCUCAAAUUUCAACACCAGUGAAAGGAAACAAUUUUGAUGAUCAAGAUUUGCUGUUCAUCUGCGACAAUCUGGAAUCUGGAUCAUGGAGGAGACUAGGAGUGCGUCUUGGACUCAAGUGGAGCAGUAUUAAGAAAAUGAGAGACAACAAAAAACAAGUGGAAGACUGCAUCAUGGAAGUGCUGGUUACUUGGAGGGAUGACCAAUCAAAGAGCCAACAAGUACCAAUCAUGGUGAACGCUUUGAGGCAACAGAAGCUUAUUGAACUUGCACAACGUGUAUGUGAAAAGCAUGGCUACAGUAACGAGGCAGAAGUUGCACCAAUUACCCACAUAAAUCUGCCGCAAAUUCCAACGCAAGAGCAAGGUUGCUUAGAUGAUAUUGACAUGGUGUUUAUCUCUGACAAACUUGAUCGCACAGAUUUUACAAAUUUCGGCAGCAACCUUCAGAUGCAGAAAUAUGAUAUAAAUCGAUUUGAAUCAGACUUUUCACCACCAAUUGAAGACGCCUAUGUUGAAAUGUUGGUAAAGUGGCGAGAAAGACAGGAAGCUGAAGUAAAUCAUCUCGAAACAAUUAGUGAAGCACUGAACAAAGUUGAACGAAUAGAUAUCAAGAAAGAACUUGAGACAUACUACCAGAAAAAAUAUGGAAAAAUUGUAGCAAAUGUGUAA